AUGCCCGUCUACAAGCUCUCCUACUUUGACAUCCGCGGGCUGGCCGAGACCACCCGCAAGCUGUUCGCCCUGGCCAACCAGGAGUUUGAGGACAACCGCGUGCCCAGGGAGCAGUGGGCUGAUCUGAAACCGAAGGCCCCAUUCGGCCAGAUGCCGUAUCUGGAGGUGGACGGCAAGCUGUUGGCCCAAUCCAAGGCCAUCAACCGCUACCUGGCCAAGAAGUUCGGCUUCGCCGGCAAGGACGACUGGGAGUCCGCCCAGAUCGACGCCUGGGUCGACCAGCUGAACGACUUCAACACGGAGCUACGCCCGUACUUCAUCGUCGUGGCCGGCUACGGGGAGGGGGACAAGGAUAAGCUGUACAAGGAGGUCGUCGAGCCGGCUCGCGACAAGAUCUUCCCGCUCAUCGUCAAGCAGCUCAAGGCUAAUGGAUCUGGAUUCUUGGUCGGCUCGAAGGUGUCGUGGCUGGACGUCACCUUGUCGUGCCACAUCGAGACGUUCCUGCAGUUCGUCCCCGACUACCUCGACAAGUACCCGGAGGUGACGGCCAGCUUCAAGAAGGUGCAGGAGAUUCCCGAGAUCAAGGCCUGGAUCGAGAAGCGCCCGGAGAGCAAGUAC